AUGUGUGGCGGCAACAACAGCAGCAACAGCAACAGCAGCAGCAGCAGCAGCAAUAGCACUGGUGAUGGACCAAAGCCGGAUGUGGAAUAUGAGGUCGUUCUCGGGGACACAUUUCUCAAGCCAACAGACGCCGAUGAACCAAUCCUCUUGAGAUAUGAUUUCAAGCCGGCGUCGGCGAGUUCAUCGGGUGUAAUCAAGAUCGGAGAUGGUGACGAGGGAGGCAACGUGCACAUGCAGUUUGGCGGUGACAAUGACACCACAGUCAACAUGUUUGGCAACAUGAAGAACAGCACGACGUACCUGUGCCGGUUUGAUGCAGGGCGCCAGUGCUUUGUGCUGGACCGCUUCAUCAAGGAUGUGAGCGUCAAGUACAAGCGCAGCGCGGGCGGGGAGGCGGUGUUGCGUCCCGAUCCCAUAUCCGAGCGCAAACCGCGAUCGUCGGCAGCAGAAGUGAGCAACUCGGAAGAGCACACGCCGCCCCAUAUCGAAGGGAAGCGCCCAGCGUCACCGCCGUCGCCAAAGUUCGGCGCGCACCCGCCAAAGGCAGCAAAGCGCAAGGUUGCAACCCGGCAGGCCACCGCCACCCCCCAUACACCAACACCAACACCAGCAGCGGCGCGGUCUGUGCGCGGGCAGGGUGGACCGCCCUUCUCCUCCUCCGUAUUGGCGGACUCGUCAUCCGACGACAGCAGUGACUCAGACAGCUAG